GCAGCCUCCACCCGCAGACCGGGCGCUGACUCCCGCACGCUCCUCGCCGCGGCGGGUCGCGGCUGCCCCUGCCCCGGCUGAGCUGCUUUUAGUCCGUGCGCGCGCCGGGUCCGGCCUCUGCGGCCGGCGCGGGAGCGCAGAGGGGAGCGCGCAGGGGAGCGGCGGCGGGGCCCGGCCGGGACCUCGGGGGUGGGCGGAGCGCGGGGAGCGGCCCCCAGGCCUCGGCCUGCGCCGGGCUGCGUGCGCCUCCCCGCCUCCCGGGCCGCUGGGGGUGGGCGCGGCGCGGGGUGCCGAAGGGUCGGGCAUUUAAAGGAGCAGCGCACGUGGGUCUGGGAGGCGCGGGCCCGGCGUUGUCUCCGCGCUCGGACCGCUUUGGCGCCCGGUCCGGUGGGCCUGCGGCACCGGGCCCCGAGCUCUGCGUCACGGGGCAGGGGGAGGCGAGGGUCUUCCCGCCCGGGGGAGGAACCGACCGCAGGUGGGGCCUGGAACCGCGAUCGUGGUCCUCGGUGCUGGGGUGCUUGGCUGUUUUUAUCAGGCUCUUACAGCCGUGGGGAGACUCCCAGAAUCAAGCUUUUGAAGCUGAAGGAGCCUGACACAGAGGCUAGUCCCCGCCCCCAAUUUUAUCGAUGAAAAAACUCAGCCCACACAGCUAACGUGACUGCCCAAGGCCACCCAGGUAGGAUAGCGCAGAGCCAGGCUUAGAACCCGUUGUCUGGCGUCUCGCUCUGCUGUCCAGCCCUGGCACCGGGCCUCAGCCCUUUGACAGCUGGAUGAAGGGCUCCUGUGUAUUGAAUUAAUGGGUGUCCCCUUUCUAAGGUGUGAACCGUUGGUCCGGUGGGCCGACAGCACCCCCAUUUACGCAUGGAGAUAGCACCCCAUCCACAGCAGUUGCAGAGCCAGCCUGGCUCAGAAUCGGCAGCCUGGGCUUCCUAGCCUGUCCCCCCUCCUGACAGACCCGGGCUUCUGGUACCGACGCCCUUGAUGUCCGUUCUGUAGACGCCUGAGCCUCCAGUGCUGGCCGCCAGGACCUUCAGCAGUAAUUAAAGGCUCUGGAUAAGCUGCUUCAGGUGUGGGAGGCUCAGGUUUCCCUCCGUGUGAAGGUAGCCUGGUGGGAGAGGGGAGGUGUGUCAACAGCUGUGUGUCCUGGGCCCUGCUGGUGAAGCGGCAGGGGGGUGGGUCCUGGCGCCAGUUCAGAGCUGGCGGGCUGGCUGUCCAAGUUCAUUCCUCAGGUGGGUGAGGACACCUUUAGGUCGGGCUGGACCGGGGUGGGGCUUUGGUGGAGUGUUUUUGCAGAGUGGGAUAGAUGUUGUUUCAGGUUUCCAGGGAAAAUUCUGGAGGCUUGGUGUGGAAGUAGGUGUGCACUAAGUCAGUAGUCUUACUCGCUGUGUGCACGGGAGACAGACGCCCGGAUCCUAUCUGUUUGAGAAGGAGUGGGAUAAGAAAGAGCCCGGCCACAGGCUGCCACUCACAGGAGGCCUGGUGCCGGUCACCAUGCCUGUCACCCCUCCCCUCAGCUCCCCGAUGGCUGUUCACAGCCCCACUGCACACCCGGUGGGGGGGGGGGGGUCUGCCAAAUGAGAGACUCCCCCUACCUUGGCCUCUGAGUUACCCAUGAUGAUCGUGACAUAACAUGUCUUACUUUGCGGGUUUGUCAUAUAUGAGAAAAAGCCCUUUGGGGACAGUGGUUACCACAGACCUCUUUACACUUCCGAUCACACUGAGGUCGCUAUUACUUUUUACCCUCUAGAGAACGGGAAACAGGUUCAGGGAGUUAAGCCACCUGGGAUUUGAGCACCGGGAUUUGAACCCAGCUGGUUGGGUCUUUAACUCGAGUUUUUGCAUAGGAGGUUCCCACAUGCGCCCCCUGCCCCCGUAUUCCUGCACUAUUGCCCAGGACAUUUCUUUUUUCUGUUUUUAUUACUAUUAUUUUUUAAUGUUUAUUUUAUUUCUGAGGAAGACAGAGAGAGCAGGGAGGGGGCAGAGAGAGAGGGAGACCCAGAAUGGAAGCAGGCGCCAGGCUCUGAGCUGUCAGCACAGAGCCCGAUGCGGGGCUCAAACUCACGAGCCCCGAAAUCAUGAUGUGAGCCGAGGUUGGACACUUAACCGACUGAGCCACCCAGGCGCCCGUUUCUUUUUUAUUUUCAAAAAGCUAUUGUAUUAGAGAAGAGAGAGAGUGGGGGAGGGGCGGAGGGAGAGGGAGAGACAGAAUCCCAAGCAGGCUCUGAGCGGUCAGCGUGGAGCCUGAUGCAGGGCUUGAACCCAUGACCCGUGAGAUCAUGACCUGAGCCAAAACCAAGAAUGAGACGCUCAACUGGCUGAGCCGCCCGGGCGCCCCAACUGCCCAGGACGUUUUUUUGCGCUCUCCAUUAGUAACUACCUGAUAGAGCAAAAGAAAAAAAAAUUUGUUUAAAGAGACCAAAGCAGUGUGCAUGGGGGGGGGGGGGUCACAUGCGUGUUUCUACGGAAGACAUCGUUGGCUUGUUCUCAGCUGUUGCUCUGACUUUUGGACACUAGUUGGCGACUGGCAGGACAACCCGUGUUUCUGCAAGUAUUUCCACCUGUUCCCCGACUCCGGUGGCUGGGGGAGGGUUGAGGGAAGGAAUGUCAGGGCUCCGAGGCUGGCACAGGCUGUCUCUGGCCAGGGCCUGGAAAGUUCUCCUCACCUUGAGCUGGUCGGAUCGGGCAUGGGCUUCAGUGUAAUCAGCGUUGGCCUCCAGGCCUGGGGAUGGCGAGGCUGCCGUGGUAAAGUCUGGGGAAAGAGAAAGUUCCAGUCACUCUUCGGGAAAGACCAGACAUCAGGGAGGAGAUCAUUUUUGUUCAGCGUCUUCAGUCCUUGGGACGCCAGGAGGCUGGCUCGUCUUUGCCAAAAAUGGGGUCUUCUGGAGCACGGGAAGAAAAUUGGAAAGGGCGCUCACCUUUCUGCUGUACCUUAACCAGCAAAGUCUUGACUUGGUAGAGAUGAAAGGAACACGCGUUUGCUCUAGAAAAUUCAGGAAACAUUUUUUUUUAAAGAGUCACCCAUCAGCUCUCAGCCCAGAGAUCACCGCUGUCAAAUGCCUUUCCUCACAGCACUCCACGCACGCCCAUGUGUUUGUUUAUUAAAGCAUCAGAGGCAGGAAGCUGGAGUUGAAGGGAUUUCAGAGUUGCAUCAGGCUUCAGUUCCAACUGAGAAACCGGAGGAGUGUCUGCCAGCUGCUCUGUUCUCCAGGAGCCAGGACAAAUUCUGAGAAGUGGCAUUUCAGGACCAAAAGGCGCUUCCCGAGGCAGGGCCAUGCUCACGUUCAUGGCCUCUGACAGCGAGGAGGAAGUGUGUGACGAGAGGGCAUCCCUGAUGUCAGCCGAGAGCCCCCCGCCACGCUGCUGCCAGGAGGACAGGCAGGGCUUGGAGGAUGGAGAGGGUGCCGACCAGUGGAGAGGCCAGGAUAGCGAGGACGACUUUGACGAGGACCCUGACCACUACGUCUGCGGGGGGGUCCCGGGGCAGCCGUCAGGCCUGGAGGAGGAGCUGACCCUGAAAUACGGGGCGAAGCACGUGAUCAUGCUGUUCGUGCCGGUGACGCUGUGCAUGAUCGUGGUGGUGGCCACCAUCAAGUCCGUGCGCUUCUACACGGAGAAGAACGGACAGCUGCCCUAUGGAGCAGGCAGGGAGCAGAGUCUGCAGCCCGCCGUCUCCCUCAGCAUCUACACACCAUUCACCGAGGACACGCCCUCCGUGGGCCAGCGCCUCCUCAACUCCGUGCUCAACACCCUCAUCAUGAUCAGUGUCAUUGUGGCCAUGACCAUCUUCUUGGUCGUGCUCUACAAAUACCGCUGCUACAAGUUUAUACACGGCUGGUUGAUCAUGUCCUCGCUGAUGCUCCUUUUCCUCUUCACCUAUAUCUACCUCGGGGAGGUGCUCAAGACCUACAACGUGGCCAUGGACUACCCCACGCUGUUCCUGACGGUCUGGAACUUCGGGGCGGUGGGCAUGGUGUGUAUCCACUGGAAGGGCCCCCUGGUCCUGCAGCAGGCCUACCUCAUCAUGAUCAGCGCCCUCAUGGCCCUGGUGUUCAUCAAGUACCUUCCGGAGUGGUCCGCGUGGGUCAUCCUGGGUGCCAUCUCCGUGUACGAUCUCGUGGCUGUGCUGUGCCCCAAAGGGCCACUGAGAAUGCUGGUGGAAACGGCCCAGGAGAGAAACGAGCCCAUAUUCCCUGCCCUGAUAUACUCCUCCGCCAUGGUGUGGACGGUGGGCAUGGCCAAGCUGGACCCCUCCUCCCAGGGAGCCCUUCAGCUGCCCUACGACCCAGAGAUGGAGGAAGACUCCUAUGACAGUUUUGGGGAGCCCUCGUACCCCGAAGUCUUUGAGCCCCCGCUGCCUGGUUACCCCGGGGACGACCUGGAGGAAGAGGAGGAAAGGGGCGUGAAGCUCGGCCUGGGGGACUUCAUCUUCUACAGCGUGCUGGUGGGCAAGGCGGCGGCCACGGGCAGCGGCGACUGGAACACGACGCUGGCGUGCUUUGUGGCCAUCCUCAUUGGUCUGUGUCUGACCCUCCUGCUGCUGGCCGUGUUCAAGAAGGCGCUGCCCGCCCUCCCCAUCUCCAUCACCUUCGGCCUCAUCUUUUACUUCUCCACGGACAACCUGGUGCGCCCUUUCAUGGACACCUUGGCCUCACAUCAGCUUUACAUCUGACGGCGGGCCGGGCGCCAUGGGCUGGCGGCCCUGGGCGGGUCGUGACGGGUGCCCCCGCGUAGUGUCCCGGUCUAGUGCCAUAUGUCUCUGAGACUUUUCUUUCCUUGACGAGAAAGAAAGAGAAGGGAGUGUCGUGUUUACUUGGCGAAGAGGAAGAAGCAGCUUUUUGGCUCUAGUUGUUUGGUCUCCGGAGCACGGCUCACCGACCGAGGGACCGAGGACGGCCGUGUGGACGAGGACGGUGCGGCGAGGCCGCCCGGCCCUGCACCACAGCCCGGGGUGCUCCGCGGGCCAAGGCGAAGGAAGGGAUCAGGAGUCCGUGCUGGGAUGGCGCUGAGCACCUGCCCGCUGUGGCCGCAGAAGGAAGCCAGCGUGCCCUGCGUGGAAUGUCCCCAGUGCUUCUGUCUGUGACGUCGUUGUUAUUUUAUUACCUUUAGAAGCCGGGUCCUGUUCUCGUUCCGGCAGUUACUGCUGUGAAGUGGCUUAAUAUCAAAAUCAAUAAAUAAGUGAAUCCUGUUGGAAUGCUGGAUUCGGUCCGUUUCUAAACGCCGAGCCCUCCCACCCCACGCGUCUUGUGGCCGCUCGUGGGAGGACGUGUGCUCCCGGCUCGGAGGGAGGACACACCCAGGAGAGGGGCUAACGGCCCCGUCUGCAGUCAUCUCUCCAGGUAGCUUCCUCAGCUGGGGUGUGCGGGGCGAGGGGCGCCCGACGGCCCGGAGCUCGGACGUGUGCGGGGCUGCUGGCCCUGGGCAGACCCCCCGCUGGCCCCGCUGUCUUGUCACCAAGAGCAGCAGUGCGGUGCCUGGAUGAACCAACGUGCCCUGGGGCCACACUCGAGAGCCCACUGUCAUCCCUUCUGCGGCCACCUCGGGGUGCCGUGAGGGGAGAGUGGACUGGCCGGUGUCUCCCUUUCCCCUCCGCAUCAUCCCGGGCCACAGAGAGAAUCUCAGCAAAGCUUCCGGCCGGGCCCGAGCCCUGGGGCAGCUGAGCAAACACAGGCCUGUGGGCGCCGUCCUGACCGCGGCCCCGUGUCCUUGUUCCUGAAAUGACGUAGGUGCCCUGCAGCUGUGUAUUUGUCGCGAGAGAAUAAAAUCAUGUAUUUCGACGUUUGACGUCGCUUGCUUUUCCCUGGGCUGUUUGUGGGAGAGCAGAAGGAACCGGGGAGCCCG